UAACAGCAGGGACUCAGUUUUUCGUUCCGCUUAGUGAAUCGUUCAAUCGAACUUUUCCGUUCAACUCGCCUUAUUAUUUUUCACUAGCACAAGUUAAGUUGAAAAAAGCAAUUGAAAAUAUUAAAGUCGGCCUGCAGAAUGAGCGCGCCGAGCAACAAAAUGUCGGCAACAGAUCAGAUGCGUGCUAUGCUGGACCAAUUGAUGGGAACCACGCGAAACGGCGACGAUGGACGCGGCCUCAAAUUCUCCGAUGCACGCGUCUGCAAGUCUUUUCUACUGGACUGUUGCCCACACGACAUCCUGGCAUCCACGCGCAUGGAUCUUGGUGAGUGUCCCAAAGUGCAUGAUCUGGCUUUUCGUGCAGAUUACGAAAGUGCGUCCAAGUCGCGUGAUUACUACUACGAUAUCGAGGCCAUGGAGCAUCUGCAAGCAUUCAUUGCGGAUUGUGAUCGGCGCACAGAUUCGGCUAAGCAACGGCUGAAGGAGACGCAGGAGGAGUUGACGGCCGAGGUGGCCGAGAAGGCAAAUGCAGUCCACAGUCUGGCGGAGGAGAUCGGCAAAAAGCUGGCCAAGGCCGAGGCACUUGGAGAAGCUGGCGAAGUGGAAGACAGCAUGGAACUGAUGAAGGAAAUUGACGAGCUUCGCGGCAAGAAGAUCAAAGCCGAGCACGAAUACAGAACCUCAAUGCCAGCCUCAACCUACCAGCAACAGAAGCUACGCGUCUGCGAAGUGUGCUCCGCCUACUUGGGCAUACACGACAAUGAUAUCCGUCUGGCGGACCACUUUGGUGGUAAGUUGCAUCUGGGCUUUCUCACCAUCCGCGAGAAGCUCAUCGAGCUGGAAAAAACAGCAGCACCGCGCAAGGCAGAACUAAAGCGCUCGGGUAAGAUACCAGAUCGCGAAGAGGACGGAAGAGGCAGAAAUCGGUACUUUGUAGGUGGACGCGAGCUGGACCGACGAUCGCGUGUUCAUCGCUCUCGAUCCAGAGAGCGUCAGCGACAGCGCGAUGCAGAGAAACAAACUAAUGACAGAUCGAGCGAUAGAAGCGCUGAGAGGGCCAAUGUUCGAGAAGUUGAGAGCGAAAGAGCCGCUCCCCGUGGACGCGAACCUGAUGGGCGCGGCCUUGGACGCGGAGGAGGGGCAGGAGCAGGGGGUGGAGGAGGAAGUGGUGGUGGUGGUGGUGGUGGCCCCGACAACAACAACGCUCGAGAUCAGCGCGAUAAUAGGGAUCAGCGUGAUGUGCGAAGGGAUAGAGAUCGUAACAUGCGCAACGACAGAGGACGUUUUGGUGGUGGUGGAGGCGGUGGAGGUGGAGGCGGAGGCGGUGGCCCGAAUGAUCGUCGCAAUGAUAGACGCCGCUCCCGCUCGAGAGAUCGUUCGCCACGCGAUCGCCGCAACUUUAAUAACAACAAUUUUGGCAACAGGCGACGCUCCUUCUCCCGCGAACGCCAUCGCCGCUAGAUAUGUGGAGAGGCAACGGAGUCCAGUUCCACACGGCAGUGUCCAGCGCACGUACGUAGCAUUAAUAACCAACCACAACAGAAAACAAAAACAAAAACAAAACAACAACAAAAAAUACCAACCAACAAUAGAGCAGCAAAAAUUUAACUAAUUGCAUUAUUAUUUAAUUAAUAAAUGACUUAAAUACACAGCUAGACAGCAAUAUAGAUAUUUUUAUAAUAUAUUAUUAAUCUUUAUCUUUGAUUUUCAUCCGUGUUAACUAACAGAAAAACAGACAAACAAAACAAACAAACAAACAAAAACUGUAAGCUGAAACUAAACAAAUUGUUAAGUAAAUAAUACAUCAAAAUUUAAUAGUUUGACAGGCCCGGCAAGUUGAGUUGUAAAUGUACGGUACGUAGAGCCAAUGUCCCGAGUAACCAGUAAUUUUACAGUCCAAAUUGUGCCCAGCAAACAAAUAUACAACAAAACAAACCAAAUUGAGCUAUAUAAUAUCUCUCAGCACGGUCCCGGCUGCGGGGCGUGUCGGCCCCCUGUGUAUUGCUGUACGAGUAUUGUCGGCCCGUUAGGGUAAGCCUCUCUCUCACUCUCUUUCAAACUAUAAAUUGUAACCUUAAAGCGUUUUUCUACUUGAAGUCACUUUGCAGCCUAAAAGCCGUAAAGCUCUGGGUACGUAUUGAGUGCAUAAUUCAUUAAAAAACAAACAAACGUCCACCCUCUAGCCAAUUCGAAAUGCUAGGGAUCUCGCUAAUUACAGACAUGAGUAUGUGAUAGACAUACCCGAUAUACGUUCAUAACAUAGAUUUGGGUACGUAUUCGUCGUCUAAACCGCCCGAUUGGGUUAUUCAUUGGGAGUGUUUGUUGGUUUGGUAUGUAUGCGUAUUGUUAUAAUCGUUAGAAAUGCAUUAGCAACAAAUUGGUACGUAUGUCCAAGCAGCAGCACCACCAGCAGCAGUAGCUGAUAAAGGAUUGUGUUGAUUCCGUAGGGUUCGAUGAGGACUUUCCUAACGUACGUAUUUUUCAAAACAACAAAUCAAAAUUUUGUAAUGCAAUCUCCCGUAGCGGCUCAUAAAUAUGUAGUUAAAAACCACCAAUACGCAUAUUAAACUUAAUCUCUUUCUCAUACUAAAGUUGUUAUGCCUAAAGUACACAGAAAUGAUGCGGGCUAACCCAACCGGCUUAGUAUGUGAGUAUUCGGGCGUCAUCAAUGUUGAAAACAAAUAUUUAAUAAUAAUCAAAAGUUAUUGGGUGGCUCUUCUAACGUUGUUUCUUUCGACAGCAUUUAUUGAUACGUUGAUAUUUAGUAUGAGAAUGAAGUUUAAGAGUAAAUGUUCGCAUGGGGCUAAAGGGACAUCAGUUUUAUGGGACACUUUUACAUGUACGUGGGUAAGAUUUAUGCAACUAACUUUUACUUUGAAUUUAAACUUUAAAACGAUAAUAUUAAUAAUUAAUAUUGGAGAUAAGCAAUAUGUAAAAAUUCCACACAUGUAACUUAUAAUAACGCCAAAUAAAAUUUGUUUUGGGUUCUAUA